GAUUGUGUGUAUGUAUACUAGGCAUGGCAGUGCAUGCAUACAACCCUCCCAUACAAAAUAUACAUAGUGACAACAGGCAUAAGAUCUUAGUACGAGGACAGUUUCGAGCAUAAAUUGGAGGAUAAAAUUGAUCCUAGUGGAGUUGAAUGAACAUCACCAUGCCUCCAAAAGUGUCCAGGAAAGCAAACUACAGCCUCCCCGAGAGCCGCUUCCUCGUGGAAAAGUUCAAAACGCAUGCCGCAUACUUCGAAAGCAACUGGAACAACGGCUCCCGCUUCGAGAAGACUGAAGUCUGGCAGGAUAUCUAUGACCAAUACCGGGAGCAGUUCCCGCACAUGGACCGGACCGCCCUCGACAUCCGUCGGAAGCUGAUCAAGCUCCGAAGCGAGGCGAAGAUGAUCAUGCAGCGGGAGCAACUGAAGGCACAGGGGGCCAACAUCCACGAGCUCCUUUCCGACAGGACGAUGAAGCUGGCUGUGUCUCCAGGCCACAGGAUGAUGAUUAAAGCCAUGAUGGGUGAAGAGGAUUGGUCCGCGGAAAACGGAGACUUCGUGGAAUACGAGGUGGAGUUUGAUGACGAUGCUGAGAAUAACAUCGACUUGGAGUAUGUCACAGAUGGCGAUCAGGAAGCAUCUGGUAGCACGAAUCCAGAGAAGAUCAUCAAGAAGCUCUUCCUCCCUGGAGCCAACCCUAUAUCCAUGGCAUCAACAACUCAGAAGCACAGCUCCAUCAAACACCACGACUAUAGUUGCCCUGAGCCAUCAUCGAAGAAGAGAAAGCAGCACCAUGUUAACGAGGCGCCCGCUUCCUCGAAUCCAACCUCUGAUGUCUUGCUGGAACUUCAGAAGCAGAAGCUGAAGAUGGAGCGGAGGAACUUGUCUGUCGAGUGGGAGAACCUUCACCUGAUGCAGAGGAAACUGAAACUGGAGGUCAGGCUCCUGGAACACCAGGUGGCUGAAAUAGAAGGAUCCAGCGGAGGCCAGGCGAAGAAGCUGUUCCAGAGAAGUGAUGGAAGCGUGAAAAGCCAUGGGGAUGUCAUAGGAACAGUAGAUGAGGAAGAGACAAUUGCCGAGGGUGAUGAGGGUAGCAGUGUACAGGAAAACGGACAGGAGAAUGGACAAGAAGUUGAGCAGGAAACACAAGUGCCUGAUGAAGAAGCCAACUGACUUGUUUGAACUACUAAUAGGAAAGAUCAUUUUGAACUGACUGCUUGAUAAAAAUACAUUCCAAAUGAUGCUAUGAUAUGGCAAAGUAUUGCCCUGAUGUUAUUACUAAAAGAAAACGGUUAAUGAAUAUUAAGAUGUGAUGACAUAACCUGAAGUUGGAUAAAUAAUCUUUGUAGGUUAUCAAUCUUACUUUUAACAGGUUUCUAGUUCAUUCGUUGUUGAACAUGAUUUAGCUCGUGAACAGAAAAUUGAGAGCAGAUAAUUUGGCACAAAAAGAGCUUUAUCAAAUAUGCCCUAGCCCUACUACCGGGAAAGUUGAUACAGUGUACUGUAAUUGCAAAGUCAAAUGUUCCUUCUUUUUUUAAGAGUUGUGUAUAAAUUUCAUUCUAUCAAAAAUCUAA